AGAGCCGAAGACGUCGGCUCGGUCAUGUGAUCAGCUGUGUCCAAUCACAGCUGAUUGCAUGGGACAUGUACACUGAUCAUCAGGGCACUGAUGAUCAGUGUGCCCUGAUGAUCAGUGUAGCCCCAGCAGUGCCACCUGUUAGUGUCCAUCAAUGCCACCUGUCAGUGCCCAUCAGUGACACAUCAAUGCCACAUAUCAGUGCCUACCAGUGCACAUCAAUGCCACAUAUCAGUGCCCAUCUGAGCUGCCUUUCAGUGUCACCUAUCAGUGUCAGUACCACCUAUCAAUGCCAGUCAGUGCCACCUAUCAAUACCAAUCAGUGCCGCCUAUCAGUGCCAGUCAGUACCACCUAUCAGUGCGCAUCAGUGCCGCCUAACAAUGCCAGUCAGUGCCACCUAUCAGUGCCAUAUAUAAGU